AUGACACAUGAUUCUUCAAAAUACCAUAAAGAAGCAGUGAUGGCUGGAAAUUCAUUUAUUCAUAUUUAUGAAAAUCCUAAACAUGAAAUAAGUAAUAUUCUUGAUGCUAAGUGGUUCCAAGAAGUAAAUGAAAAUAGAAAAAGGCUCAAAGCAAUUAUAAGAUCAAUAAUAUUUUGCGGCAAACAAAAUAUAGCCCUGAGAGGGUGGAAGACUGAGAGUGAAUUGCCCGUAUCGUCAGAGGUCAACGAAGGUAAUCUCAGAGAAUUUAUAAGACACAGAAUAGAGACUUGUGGUGACGAUUCAGUUCUUAAAAUGCACUUUGAAUUAGCUACAGUACGCACUAAAUAUAUGAGUCCAUCUAUUCAAAAUGUUGUGGUGAGGAAAUUUUAA